AUGUCCGACCUCCCCUCCAUCCCCCUUGCGCCCCAGGCACCCAUCAGCCCCGCCCCUCCUCCUCCUACAGAAGCACCGCCCUUCCUUCCUCCUUCCCCACUUCCCCCUCUCGAGGCUCCCACCACGCUUAAGCCUCUGCUCAACCCCCUGCAGACGCUCGAGACGCCUCCCGCUUCCACCAUCGCCGAGCCACCACGCUCCCCGAACGCGGCGAACGGAGCGACAGACGACCUGGGUCGUAAUGUCGAUCUGCCGGCGUUGACGAGCGCGCCAGAGUCGUCUCCACUUGCUAUCGACGCACCGGUUCCUCCUAGCCCUGCUCCGCCACACGACGAGAUUCAGCCCCCCGUCGAGCCUGGCUUGAUUCCCCCGGCGGUAUCGACGCCUACCGUCAUCUCGACCGAGGACGACGCUAUGCUCGGCGUACCCUCGACUGGCGGUGUUGACACGGCGAUGAGGCAGGCUCAGGCCGUCCCGGUUCCUCAGGCGAACGGGUAUGCGGCGGCGGGAGUCAAGCGGUCCGGGGACGACUUGGCAGGAUCGGACGAGAAGCGGAGGCAGACCCACUCCCAGUCUCCCUUCCAGGCUCAGCAGGUGCAGCAAGCUCCUCCUCCUUUGACAGCUUCACCUGCUCCCGUCCCUGCCCCUGCUCCCGCUGCUGCACCAGCACCGGUACCGGCUCCCCAGGCAUACGCCCCUCCUCCCGCGCCCUACUAUCCCGCCGGAACGCCCACCUCCUUCGUUCCCGCGGUCUACAACCCGCCUCCUCAUCGCGAUCCGGGACCCAUCACCCCCCUUACCCAAACCCAGCACAAGUACCUCCUCUCCACCGUCCGGACUCUCAAAAAGAACAAGGACUCGGUCAACUUUCUCGAGCCCGUCGAUAUCGUCCGCUUCGGUAUUCCUCACUAUGUCAACAUUGUCAAGAACCCGAUGGAUCUCGGUACAGUCGAGACCAAGUUGAUUGUCAGCAAUCCUCGGGGUCCGCCCAAGGACAAGAGCAAGAUGGGGAACUGGGAUGUGAGCAAGGGGCGGUAUGGGAGCGUGAGCGAAGUGACGCGGGACGUGAGGCAGAUUUGGGAGAAUACGCGCAUGUUCAACGGGCCGGACCAUCUGGUUUCGCAGUCGGCGACGAGGUUGGAGCAGAUCUAUGAGAAGGCACUGGCUACUUUGCCCAUUUCUACCCCUGCCGCUUCCCCUGCGCCUUUCGUUGCGCCUGCGGCCCCCUCCGCCGGCCCCUCCACCGCUCGUCGUGCCUCCAUCUCCCGCCCACCCGCCCCUCGCCGCUCCUCAGACGGUCUCGACCGCCCCAAGCGCGAGAUUCACCCCCCACCCUCCAAGGAGCUUCCCUACGCCAACGACCAAACGCGCAAGAAGCGCCGGACCGACCCCCAGCUCACCUACCUCUCCAAGCAGAUCCGGAUGUUUGAGGCGAAGAACGCCGAUUUGGCCGGUCCCUUCCUCUACCCCGUCGAAGAGAUCGUCCGUGCUCUUCCCGAUUAUACCACUGUCGUCAAAAACCCUGUCGAUCUUAACCACAUCAAAGCGCGGAUCAAUGAGGGCGAAUACGAUGAUGCUCAGCAACUCAAUUCGGACUUCCGGAUGAUGUGCCAGAAUGCGAUGAAGUUUAAUCCUCCAUCGCAUGAUGUGCAUAUUGCGGCGCAGCGGUUCUUGAAGCUGUGGGAGGAGAAGUGGAAGGCUUUGCCGCCCAAGGAGGCGCCGCCUAGAGCGAGGAGCUAUAGUGAUGAUCCGGUGGAGGAUGUGGCGGAUGCCGAGGAUGAUGACUUUGAGGAUGACCCUACCAUCGUCAUGCUCCGCGAACAGAUCGCCCAGAUGGACUCCAAGAUCGAACAGAUCAAAGCCGAGCGCCGAAAGUCACGCCCUCCCCGACCUACCAAAAAGGCCAAACCUGCACGCAAACAAUCCAUCUCUCACGUAAAAAACUCGCCCGGCGCGAACGGGAACGGUCACGCCGCGCCUAAACCCAAGCCGAGGAAGAGCAAGGAUGUCUCGUAUCACGAGGACAAUGGGUUUGGCGGUGAUGAGUCGGAGGAGGAGGUGACCAACAUUACGUUGACUCAGAAGCAGGAGUUGGCGGAGAAGAUUACGCAGGCGGAUCCGAGCACGCUGGCUAAGGCUAUCGAUCUGAUUUCCAAGUCUACCGGUCUGGACGGGACCAACGACGAGAUUGAGCUCGAUAUCGACUCGCUCCCCUCCCGAACCGUCGUCCAGCUGUACAACCUCGUCUGUCGCGGUCGGACCCCCAAGAAGGGACCCGGACGCCCCAAGGCCUCUGGCGCGGGGAACGGCGGCGGCGUCAUCCCUGGUAAAAAGCCCGGACGCAAGCCCGGGAAGAAGCACAUGAAUGAGCAGGAAGAAGCGGCGAGGAUCAAGCGGAUGGAGGCGCAGCUUCAGAGCUUUGAUUCGAGGGGUGGUCAGGGGCAGGGGCAGGCGGCGGGCGGGUAUGAUGAUAGUGAUAGUAGUGAGGAUGAGGAGAGUGAGGAGGAUUAG